AAGACACCUGCAUGCGCAGGGCUGAGGGGUGGGAGCAGGGCUCUCUGCCUCCAGAACCCCCAUCCUCUGGGCUCUUUUUAGGCCCCUAGAUUGGCCUGCAGCUGGGAGCAGAGUGGCAAGCAUGCAGGCAGGCAGUUGAGAAAGAGGAAGUCGAGGUGCUAUUGGGUCAUUCUGUGGUUAUCCCAGGCUCUACCCAGCCAGCGGUUCCCUUGGGCCAGCUCGAAACGCUGGCCGUAGGUCAUGGGAGCUGCAGGAGCUGUUAGCCAGGCUAGGUGCCUGCAGGUUGAAGAACUGAGCUCUAUCUGGCUCUGAGCCCAAGUCAUGUGUCCAGCCUUUUGACUCUGGAGCUGUGGCUUCAGCCACCAAGAGCAGCAGUGGAUCCUGGAAACCUGAGAACCCAGACUUCUUCUCUGCCAUGGGGGAUGAUCAGGCAGGAGGAUGAUUUUCCCAGGCGGCUCAGCGAGAGUAUGGAGGACCUCAGCCUGGAUUUGGGGGCCCUUCAGGGCAGCGAGUAUCUGCAGGACCUGGGCCUUGGGGCCCCUUCCCACAGCCAGCCUGGGGACACCCCAGACAGCCGCCCCACCGGUGAAGAACCAGGAAGGGAUUCUCUUUUCUCCAGCUUGGCAGGGUCCCAAGACCGGUCAAGGCGGCGCAGCUGGGAAAGGUCGCGGAGCUGCUCAGAGAGCUGGCGGAGGCUCAGCCUCGAUGCCUCAGCUGUGGAUGAGGAACCCUGUCUCCCCCGAACACUGGCCAGCCUUGCUUUGAACCUGCCAGGAGGAGGGCUGAAGACCUGGACUCAAGGGUGUCUCUCUGGGGGCGGGACCCCCGCAGAGAGCCCAGGCAAGGAAUGUGACAGCCCCAAGAAAAGAGGGAGGUCAAGGUCCGUUCCUGUGUCCUUCUAUGAGAUCCGCUCUCCGGAAAUCUCUCCGGGUUUGGAAGUGCCCACUCCACCUGUUCAAGGCCUGGAACCUCCAGUGCUGGAGUGCAUGGAAAAAGACCAUGUGGAACCAGAUCACGUGCUGAUUGUCCAGCAGGUGCUUCAAGAACUUCGACAGUACCAUGGGGCCCGGCAGAGGGCUUGCAUGUCAGCCAGCCCCGAAGGAGCCCACUCGAACCUGACCUGGUUUGAAUUCCUGUCGGAGAGCGAGGACGGUGCUGGCAAGAACGAGAAGAGUGACAAGAGUACCAGUGUGAAGCGCAGGCUGAGCUGCCUCCGCAGUCGAGUGACCAGGCAGAAGGAGAAGGGGAAGAGCCCAGCACAUCUAAAGGACAAGGGCCAGGAUGCACGAGAGAGGCGGGAGUGUGUCAAUGGGCACCAGCUGUUGCAAGGGACCUUCUCCGGCCCCUCCAGCUGCCCCCUGUGUGGAAAACCCUUCUUGAGCUCAGGAAAUGGAGCGAGAACGUCUUCUUGGAUAACGAGCUGCUGACCUCCAAGAUCCUGUCUGUGCUGCGGCCGCAGUCGGAGCGGGGCUUCCGCGCCGGGGACCUCCGCUACCCGACCCACUUUCUCAGCACCAACUCUGUCCUUGCCUCUGUCACAGCCUCGCUCAAGGAGCACCCCCGGGGCACCCUCCUGUCCGAUGGCAGCCCGGCCCUGUCCAGGAAUGUCGGUAUGACGGUCUCUCAGAAAGGGGGUCCCCAGCCAACACCGAGCCCGGCUGGCCCUGGGACGCAACUCGGACCAAUCACAGGAGAGAUGGAUGAAGCCGAUUCUGCAUUUUUAAAAUUUAAGCAGACAGCUGAUGACUCUCUGUCCCUUACAUCUCCAAACACCGAGUCCAUUUUUGUAGAAGAUCCCUACACCGCCUCGCUGAGGAGUGAGAUUGAGUCAGACGGCCACGAGUUUGAAGCUGAGUCCUGGAGCCUCGCCGUGGAUGCAGCCUACGCCAAGAAGCAAAAGAGGGAGGUGGUGAAAAGACAAGAUGUCCUUUAUGAGCUGAUGCAGACGGAGGUGCACCACGUGCGGACGCUCAAGAUCAUGCUGAAGGUGUACUCCAGGGCCCUGCAGGAGGAGCUGCAGUUCAGCAGCAAGGCCAUUGGCCGCCUGUUCCCAUGCGCUGACGACCUGCUGGAGACGCACAGCCACUUCCUCGCUCGGCUCAAGGAGCGCCGCCAGGAGUCCCUGGAGGAGGGCAGUGACCGGAAUUAUGUCAUCCAGAAAAUCGGCGACCUCCUGGUUCAGCAGUUUUCAGGUGAAAAUGGGGAGAGAAUGAAAGAAAAGUACGGUGUGUUUUGUAGUGGCCACAAUGAAGCUGUUAGUCAUUACAAGUUGCUGCUUCAGCAAAACAAGAAAUUUCAAAACUUGAUCAAGAAAAUUGGCAACUUCUCCAUCGUGCGGCGGCUUGGCGUGCAGGAGUGCAUUCUCCUGGUUACACAACGCAUAACCAAAUACCCAGUGCUGGUGGAGCGCAUCAUCCAGAACACGGAAGCUGGCACUGAGGACUAUGAAGACCUGACCCAGGCCUUGAACCUCAUCAAAGAUAUCAUCUCACAAGUGGACGCCAAGGUCAGUGAGUGUGAGAAGGGCCAGCGCCUCAGGGAGAUCGCAGGGAAGAUGGACCUGAAGUCUUCCAGCAAACUCAAGAACGGGCUCACCUUCCGCAAGGAAGACAUGCUUCAGCGGCAGCUCCACCUGGAGGGCAUGCUAUGCUGGAAGACCACAUCAGGGCGCUUGAAAGAUGUCCUGGCCAUCCUGCUGACCGACGUACUUUUGCUGCUACAAGAAAAAGAUCAGAAAUACGUCUUUGCUUCUGUGGACUCAAAGCCACCCGUCAUCUCGUUACAAAAGCUCAUCGUGAGGGAAGUGGCCAACGAGGAGAAAGCGAUGUUUCUGAUCAGCGCCUCCUUGCAAGGGCCGGAGAUGUAUGAAAUCUACACGAGCUCCAAAGAGGACAGGAACGCCUGGAUGGCCCACAUCCAAAGGGCUGUGGAGAGCUGCCCUGACGAGGAGGAGGGGCCCUUCAGCCUGCCCGAAGAGGAAAGGAAGGUGGUCGAGGCCCGCGCCACGAGACUCCGGGACUUUCAAGAGCGGUUGAGCAUGAAAGACCAGCUGAUCGCACAGAGCCUCCUAGAGAAACAGCAGAUCUACCUGGAGAUGGCUGAGAUGGGCGGCCUCGAAGACCUGCCCCAGCCCCGAGGCCUAUUCCGUGGAGGGGACCCAUCCGAGACCCUGCAGGGGGAGCUAAUUCUCAAGUCGGCCAUGAGCGAGAUCGAGGGCAUCCAGAGCCUGAUCUGCAGGCGGCUGGGCAGCGCCAAUGGCCAGGUGGAAGACGGAGGCAGCUCCACAGGCCCGCCCAGGAGGGCUGAGACCUUCGCGAGCUACGACUGCACAAACAGCCCCACCAAGAAUGGCAGUUUCAAGAAGAAAGUCAGCAGCACUGAUCCCAGGCCCCGAGACUGGCGAGGCCCCCCAAACAGCCCGGACUUGAAGCUCAGUGACAGUGACAUUCCUGGGAGCUCUGAGGAAUCGCUGCAGGUGGUGGAGGCGCCAGGCACGGAAUCCGAUCCCCGUCUGUCCACCGUCCUGGAGUCGGAGCUUGUCCAGCGGAUCCAGACACUGUCCCAGCUGCUCCUGAACCUUCAGGCGGUAAUCGCCCACCAGGACAGCUAUGUGGAGACGCAGCGGGCUGCCAUCCAGGAGCGGGAGAAGCAGUUCCGGCUGCAGUCGACGCGUGGGAACCUGCUGCUGGAGCAGGAGCGGCAACGCAACUUCGAGAAGCAGCGGGAGGAGCGCGCGGCCCUGGAGAAGCUGCAGAGCCAGCUGCGGCAGGAGCAGCAGCGCUGGGAGCGCGAGCGCCAGUGGCAGCACCAAGAGCUGGAGCUUGCGGGCGCGCGGCUGCAGGAGCGUGAGGGCGAGGCGCGGCAGCUACGCGAGCGGCUGGAGCAGGAGCGGGCCGAGCUGGAGCGCCAGCGCCAGGCCUACCAGCACGACCUGGAGCGGCUGCGCGAGGCCCAGCGUGCCGUGGAGCGUGAGCGGGAGCGCCUGGAGCUGCUGCGCCGCCUCAAGAAGCAGAACACCGCGCCAGGCGCGCUGCCACCCGACACACUGGCCGAGGCCCAGCCCCCAAGCCACCCUCCCAGCUUCAACGGGGAAGGGCUGGAGGGCCCUCGGGUGAGCAUGCUGCCGUCCGGCGUGGGGCCAGAGUACGCAGAGCGCCCCGAGGUGGCUCGCCGGGACAGCGCCCCCACCGAGAGCCGGCUGGCCAAGAGCGAUGUGCCCAUCCAGCUGCUCAGCGCCACCAACCAGUUCCAGAGGCAGGCGGCCGUGCAGCAGCAGAUCCCCACCAAGCUGGCGGCCUCCACCAAGGGUGGCAAGGACAAGGGCGGCAAGAGCAGGGGCUCUCAGCGCUGGGAGAGCUCAGCGUCCUUCGACCUGAAGCAGCAGCUGCUGCUCAACAAGCUCAUGGGGAAAGAUGAGAGCACCUCACGGAACCGCCGCUCACUGAGCCCUAUCCUGCCCGGCAGACACAGCCCUGCGCCCCCACCAGACCCUGGCUUCCCCGCCCCAAGCCCACCACCAGCUGACAGCCCCUCCGAGGGCUUCUCUCUCAAGGCCGGGGGCACAGCCCUCCUGCCCGGGCCGCCAGCCCCCUCGCCACUGCCGGCCACGCCACUCAGCGCCAAGGAGGACGCCAGCAAAGACGACAUCAUCUUCUUCUGAAAGGGCCGCGACUCAAGGUGCAAGGCCCCUCCCAGCCCUGCUCACCCUUCCUGCUCUCUGGGGACCCCCAUGGGGUCACCAUGCCCACCCAGCUGUCCCCUCCUCUUCCCUAGCAAACCACCGAUGACCGCCUGGCAGGGGCCGGCCUGUCGGUGCUCUGGGCCUCGCAGCUGUUUCUGUAGGGUUAGCGGUGGUGCCGGGGUCACUUUCUGAAUCUCUCUUUUUUUUUUUUUCUCAAAAAGGAAAGUUUUUAAUGGAAAGUUGAGCCAGAACUAAACCAGGGAGCUGUCUGAAAUCAUAGCACCCCAUCCGGGUGGCAGGGAGAUCAACUCCGAGCUGUUUUUCCGAGGCAGUGAGGAAUGGUGCCGGCUCUGCACGGAGCUGAGGACAGGACAGACCUUGCUUUGAGAAGGAGCUGCCGGCCGGGGCCACGCUCCACCACCGCCGCGCGACAGUGGAGCCAAGGGUUAGGGCACCAGGAGGGGCCAGGUGGCGUCGGCAGCAUCUGUCCCCAGAAUCAGGCAAAAUCCACUUCCCAAACAGAGCCCCACGCAGGUUCACCGUGAACCUCAGGGCCAGGGAAUGAGCGAGGCACGGGGGCAUGGGCAGAGAGGGCCACGGGGCAGGGCCCACUGAGGGAACAUCAGUGGCCCUCCAGUCAGGUUCUGUGGGUUUGGAAGCCCAUCGUGAAAGGGGCUGACCUUUGCCCCUUUUUACUUGGCAUUGGUUUUGAAACCAGCUGUUUCCCAAACUCUGCUUCCCAAGGGCAACCGUUGCUGUUCACACGCUCAGCCUGUCUGGGGGAGCGGGCCUCUAGCUUCAGCCAGGGCGGGUACACACCCUGGGCACAGGGUCCUCAGCCCCCGGGAAAUGAGCUCCCAGGGCUGGCGUCCCACCUUCCAGGUGGGGGCUGGCACAUCACAGACUGUCGAGAGCGCCAUGUCCCAGGGCAUGCAGAGGAAGCACCUAGAGACGUUGCAGCAAGUGGACAAGUGGCCGCUGUGCGGGCCCCUCGCUUGUAGUGAGUUGUUGCAGCUCACGGUCCGUCCCCUGGAGGGGUGGAGGAAGGAGGUGUUGGGCAGCGUCAAAGGUGCUGGGACAUCCCAGGGUGGUGAGAUCCAUCCAUGAUCCGGCUCCGGUGGAGAAAGGGCCCAUGUCAAGCCUUGUUCUGUACCCCAAGCAUUGGUGGCAGGACUGGGUCCUGGCUGAUCGUCCUUGUUCCCAGUGGGGUACAUGUGAGCCCCUGCCAGGGCCAAGUCCUUCUCCCGAACCCAGGGUCCUGGGAACUGCAGAUCCUGGGGGGAUUCAGCCCUUCUCCCACUGUGUUGGCAGAGGCACUCCUGUGACGCUGCAUACAGUGAACAGGGACAUUCCCGCCACUUGGGGACAGACGGGCACAGGGGAGGGGAAACUCCAUCAGGAAGUGCUCCCCUGGGCAGAGGCGCCCACUGGGUGCUGUGGGCUCAGGAGGGGGCGGGGCAGGAGCUGGUGCCAACCGGGAACCAGAGCCCCACAGCCAUACAGCCCAUUGGUGACAAGGUCCUGAGAACACAGUGAGUGGCCAGGUGUCCCCAGGCUCCUGGCCCCUCCGACGACCUCAACUCUGCCCAGCCCGGUCCCUGGCCAUCAGCAACGCUGUCCGCACCCCGUCAGAUCCCAUGUGUGCCAUGUUUAUCAUCAGUGUUUUGUAUUUUUGUACUGAGUAUGGGAGCACUUUACAGAAGCUGACUGUACAUUCCUGUUCUGUUGUGACGAGAACAUUCCCAGACCCUGGCACCCUCCUGAGCCGGCAUGUGCCGGUCCAGCCCCCGAGAUGCCACAAUUCCUUGGAUGGGGGAGAAGUUCAAGGAAUUUCUGCUCGGCCACGCGGUGGGAACCCCGCGUCCCCGCCAUGUGGCAGAGGGGUCUCAGUCGUGCCAGGCAUCGGGCGGCAGCGCCAACAGCCCUUCCCUCGCCAGUGCCCCUCGGCCACUCCUGGGGUGGAGCCCGAUUUUAUUUGUAAAGUUGACAGUCGAGCAAAUGUUCAUAUUUUCAUGGGAUCUGCACACGUCUUUGUCAGUUGUGGUCAUGAUCUUAGUCACCUGCUAAUUAUUUUUACAAUGAUUACAACAUUUCCUCACUGCGGGAUAUUUCUGACCCGCUUUAGAACUUAAGACCUGAUUCUAGCAAUAAACGUGUCCAAGAUGA